AGAGAGAGAGAGAGAGAGAGAGAGAGAGGGGUGCUAUCUUACAAUAGUGUGAGUCUGCCAAAGCUGAAUUGUCUGCUUUUGAAAAGCAAAAAUUUGCAUUAACUUGUCAACGUAGCUACUUUUGUUGUUGUUUAGUCGUUUAGUCGUGUCCGACUCUUCGUGACCCCAUAGACCAGAGCACGCCAGGCACUCCUGUCUUGCACUGCCUCCCGCAGUUUGGUCAAACUCAUGUUCGUAGCUUCGAGAACACUGUCCAACCAUCUCGUCCUCUGUCGUCCCCUUCUCCUAGUGCCCUCAAUCUUUCCCAACAUCAGGGUCUUUUCCAAGGAUUCUUCUCUUCUCAUGAGGUGGCCAAAGUAUUGGACCCUCAGCUUCACGAUCUGUCCUUCCAGGGAGCACUCAGGGCUGAUUUCCUUAAGAAUGGAUAGGUUUGAUCUUCUUGCAGUCCAUGGGACUCUCAAGAGUCUCCUCCGGUAGCUACUUUAAGUGAAUUCAAAUCUCCAGGGCCUGAGGUGCUGCACCCAAGGGUGCUAAAGGAGUUUGCGAAUGUAAUCUCAGAGCCUUUGUCUAUGAUCCUGGAGAAUUCUUUGAGGACAGGUGAGGUCCCUACAGACUGAAGGUGGGCAAAUGUGGUUCCCAUCUUCAGAAAGGGGAAAAAAGACCCAGAUAACUACCGACCGGUGAGCUUGACAUCGCUACCAGGAAAGGUCCCAGAACAGAUCAUUCAACCGUCUGUCUGUGAGCACCUAGAAAAGGAUGCCAUGAUUACUAAGACCCAACAUGGGUUUCUAAAAAAUAAGUCAUGUCAGACAAACCUUAUUUCUUUUUUUGAUGGAAUUACAAGCCUAGUGGAUCAGGGGAAUGCUGUGAAUAUAGUGUCUUUUGAUAUCAGUAAAGAUUUUGACGGAGUCCCCCCUGAUAUUCUUGUGAGGAGGCUGGUGAAAUGUGGGUUGAAUGAUGUAACUCUUAGGUGGAUUUGUAGCUGGUUGACCGACUGAACCCAAGGAGUACACAUUCAUGGUUCCUCAUCAUCCUGGAUAAAAGUAACAAGUGGGUGCUGUAGGGUUCUGUCCUGGGCCUGUUGUUCAACAUCUUUAUAAACGACUUGGAUGAAGGAAUUGGAUGCUCAGCCAAUCUGCAGAUGACACCAAACUGGGAGGGGUAGCCAACGCUGCAGAAGACAGAAUCAGAAUUCAAAGUGACCUCAACAGAUUGGAGAACUGGACCCAAACCAAAUGAAUUUCCAUAGGGACAAAGGUCAGGUUCUGCACUUCGGCAGGAAGAACCAGAUGCACAAAUAUAGGAUGGGAGGCCCCUGGCUCACUAGCAGUACAUGUGAAAAGGAUCUAGGGGGGUCUUGGUGGGCCACAAGCUUAACACAAGUCAACAGUGUGAUGCAGCAGCAAAAAAAGCGAAUGCUAUUCUAGGCUGCAUCCACAGAAGUCUAGUGUCCAGACCAAGGGAAGUCGUAGUCCCACUCUCUUCUGCCCUGGUCAGGCCACACCUGGAAUCCUGUGUCCAGUUCUGGGCAUCACAAUUUAAGAAGGAUGUUGACACGCUGGAAGGUGGGCAGAGGAGGGCGACCAAGAUGAUCAAGGGCUGUAGAUGGGUGGUAGGAUACCUGCUUUGCCUUCGAAGGCACCAUGUUCAAUCCCAGGAAUCUCCAGGUGGGGCUGCUGCCGGUCAGUGUAGACCAGGGGUCAGCAAAAAUUUUCAGCAGGGGGCCGGUCCACUGUCCCUCAGACCUUGUGGGGGGGCGGACUAUAGUUUGGGGACCCCUGGUGUAGACAAUGCUGAGCAUCAGGUGAACCAGUGGUCUGACUCUGUGUAGCAGCUUCCUGUUUAAACCAGUCCUUCAGUCAUAAUCAUGAGGACUAGAAUCUUACUGCCCUCCUCAUAAAAAUCAAGUAAGUUGCUCAGGGGUGGGGCAUCCUCUUUGCAGACAGAAGGUCCCAAGUUCAGUCCUCAGGAACCCCAAGUAGGCGUGGGAGUAGUCUCCUGUCCGAAAUCCAGGAUAGAUGUUGCUGCUAGUGAGUGUAUACUGAGCUAGGUGGAGCUAAUGGUCUGAGCUGGUACAGAGCAGCUUCUGGAGUUCCUCUAUAGUGGACCUGUAAUGUCUUCAGCAGUCUGGAGGAGUUCUCUGUUUCCUUUUGCCAUAGCUUUGGGAUCUCUGCCCCUUCACAACUCCGGGGGCCUUCAGAAAUCUCCCAUCUCUGUCGGCAGGGACAGAAAGGCCCAUAUUUGUAAAUAAAGUGUCUGGGUCAGUGGAGGGUGGUUUUUUGUUUUGUUUAGUUUUGAAUGAGUUAUUUGAGGCUGUUGCUUCUGUGACGAUUCUGCCUCCUCCAGAGGGGGCGGCAAUAAAUCCCAGUUUAGCAAGGAAGAACUUAUUAAGCCAAAGUGGUUCACUUGCAGAAAUGUGUCUUUUAUUCCCCCACCCACCCCCGGCUGCCCAGUUUUGCUAUAAUGGUAGCUUUCCCUUUUUAGCAUUGGCAUGAUUCAUUGGUUAAACAUGCAGCUCAAAAUUACGGGUUUAUGUAGACUAAACCGCUGCCUCGGACAGAUUGAUGGGAUGGGAUGGGGACAGACACUCUGCCGCGUUUUCCAGAGGCUGUGAUAUGCACAAGAUACCCAGCCCCGCAGCCGAGCCCAGGGCGGUAUGCCGAGGCAGGAUGAGCGCGAAAGAUGCCGGCGGUGCAGCUUGUCCGGAGAAGGCGGCCUACACUCUUCAUAUUUACCCCCAGCUCUCGGCCGAAAGCGCCUCCUGCUGCCGCGUGACGGCAACCAAAGACGCCACCACCGCCGACGUCAUCCGGGACGUCAUCGGCUCCCUGAGCCUGGACGUCUCUAAGCACUACGUUCUGGUGGAGGUGAAGGAGUCGGGCGGGGAGGAGUGGGUGCUAGACGGGAACGAUUCGCCGGUGCACAGGGUCCUGCUAUGGCCCCGGCGGGCGCAGGACGAGCACCCCCGGCAGGACGGCUACUACUUCCUGCUGCAAGAGAGGAACACGGACGGCAGCAUCAAGUACGUUCACCUGCAGGUGGCCUCCGGGGAGGAAGAGGGGCGGGAGGAGGUCCGGCGGCUGGUCGAGCGAGGCUUCCUCCCCUGGCUGCAGGAGGACGUCAACGACCUGUGCAACCUGCCCAACCUGACAGAGGCCACGUUGCUGGAGAACCUCAAGCGGCGCUUCCUGAAGCAGAAGAUCUACACCUACGCCGGCAGCAUCCUCAUCGCCAUCAACCCCUUCAAGUUCCUGCCCAUCUACAACCCCAAGUACGUCCAGAUGUAUGAGAGCCACCAGCUGGGCAAGCUGGAGCCCCACAUCUUUGCCAUCGCCGACGUGGCCUACCACACCAUGCUGAAGAAGCACGUCAACCAGUGCAUCGUCAUCUCUGGGGAGAGCGGCUCCGGCAAGACGCAGAGCACCAACUUCCUGAUCCACUGCCUCACCGCCCUCAGCCAGAAGGGCUAUGCCAGUGGGGUGGAGAGGACCAUUCUGGGGGCUGGACCGGUGCUGGAGGCCUUUGGAAAUGCAAAGACAGCCCACAACAACAAUUCCAGCCGGUUUGGGAAAUUCAUCCAGGUCAACUACUUGGAGAACGGCAUUGUCCGGGGGGCUGUGGUUGAAAAGUACCUACUCGAAAAAUCUCGCUUGGUGUCCCAGGAAAAGAACGAAAGGAACUACCAUGUGUUCUACUAUUUGCUGCUCGGCGUCAGCGAGGAGGAGCGUCAGGAAUUCCACCUCAAGCAGCCUGAAGACUAUUUCUACCUCAACCAGCAUAACUUGAAAAUUGAAGAUGGGGAAGACCUCAAGCACGACUUUGAACGGUUAAAGCAAGCCAUGGAGAUGGUUGGCUUCCUUCCGGCGACCAAAAAACAGAUUUUUUCAGUCCUGUCUGCUAUUCUGUACCUGGGGAACGUCACCUACAAGAAGCGGGCAGCAGGUCGGGACGAAGGCCUGGAGGUCGGACCCCCUGAAGUGCUGGAUAUUCUCUCCCAGCUCCUGAAGGUGAAACGUGAAAUCUUGGUGGAAGUAUUAACGAAAAGAAAAACAGUGACGGUGAACGACAAGCUGAUCCUGCCCUACAGUCUCAGCGAGGCCAUCACGGCUCGUGACUCCAUGGCCAAGUCUCUCUACAGCGCCCUUUUCGACUGGAUCGUUCUGCGAAUUAACCACGCACUCCUCAACAAGAAGGACAUGGAGGAAUCUGUGGUGUGCUUUUCCAUCGGGGUGCUUGACAUCUUUGGCUUUGAGGACUUCAACACCAACAGCUUUGAGCAGUUCUGCAUAAACUACGCCAAUGAGCAGCUGCAGUAUUAUUUCAACCAGCACAUCUUCAAGCUCGAACAGGAAGAGUAUCAGAGCGAAGGGAUCACGUGGCACAACAUUGACUAUACGGACAAUGUGGCCUGCAUCCACCUCAUCAGCAAGAAGCCCACCGGCCUCUUCUACCUGCUGGACGAGGAAAGCAACUUCCCGCAUGCCACCAGCCAGACCCUCCUUGCCAAGUUCAAGCAGCAGCAUGAGGACAACAAGUUCUUCAUUGGGACGCCCGUCCUGGAGCCGGCCUUCAUCAUCCAGCACUUUGCAGGCAAAGUGAAAUACCAGAUAAAGGAUUUCCGGGAGAAGAACAUGGAUUACAUGCGGCCCGAUAUUGUCGCCUUGCUGCGGAGCAGCGACAGCGCUUACGUCCGGGAGCUCAUUGGGAUGGACCCCGUGGCUGUCUUCCGGUGGGCCACACUCCGAGCCGCCAUCCGAGCCAUGGCUGUUUUCGCAGAGGGCGGCCGCCAGAGAGCCCAGAAAAUGGCAGGCGUGGUCCGCCACGGACCCAGAGUACCCUUGGGGGAACUGCAGCAAGCCAACACCCCAAUUGAAAGAGUUUAUCGCUGCUCAGUGCUUGAUUUCUCCUUUGAUCGCUCUGAGGAGUUUGAUAUAAACGCUUUUGAGGACAUCUUUGCUUCGUACGGAAGCAAGAAGGACUUGCAUGAGCAAAUAGUCAGGACUAUCAAGGGCCUGCCCUGGCAGGGCGAAGAUCCCCGCAAGCUCCUUCAAUCGCUCAGCCGGCUCCAGAGGUCCAAUUGCCACUUCCUGAAGAGCAGAGGCCCAAAGCAAAGACAGGCCAUCCCAAAGAACCUGCUGGACUCCAAGUCCCUGAAGCUCAUUGUGAGCAUGACGUUGCACGACCGGACCACCAAGUCCCUCCUGCACCUGCAUAAGAAGAAGAAGCCGCCCAGCAUCAGCGCUCAGUUCCAGACAUCUCUCAACAAGCUCCUGGAGACCCUGAACAAAGCCGAACCCUUCUUCAUUCGCUGCAUCCGCUCCAACUCCGAAAAGAGGGAGCUCCUUUUCGAUGAGCGCCUCGUGCUCCAGCAGCUCAGGUACACAGGGAUGCUGGAAACCGUGAGAAUCCGCCAGUCCGGCUACAGUGCCAAGUUUAACUUCCAGGAUUUCGUCGACCAGUUCCAAGUCCUGCUGCCCAAGAGUGCCAAAGUCUCUAAGGAGGAGAUCUCGGCCUUGUUGACCAAGCUGCAGCUGGGCGCCGGCAGCUACCAAAUCGGGAAGACCAAGGUGUUCAUGAAGGAGGCCGUGAGGCAGGUGCUGCAGGACACCCUCCACAAGGAAGUCAUCCGCAAGAUCAUAGUCCUCCAGAGCUGGCUGCGGAUGGUGCUGGAGAGGAAGCGCUUCUUGCGGGCUCACCAGGCAGCCCUUACCUUGCAGGCUUGCUGGCGCUCCUACUGUGUCCGCAGGGCACUGGAGAGGGAGAACGCGGCCCUCUACAUCCAGUCGGCGUGGCGUGGGUACCGGGAGCGGACGUCUUACGGCCGGCAGAAGGCGAGGAUUUGCCUUGUUCAGGCUCUGGUCCGAGGACACCAGCAGCGCAAGAGAUUUCAUCAAAUGAUCGCCGACAAAAAGCGAGAGGAAGAAGCAGUCGCGCAGGCUCUUGCAGAGCAGCAGCAGGUGAACGGGCUACACCAGCCAGAGGAGCAUGUCUCAAGCCAGGCUCCAGCAGAGCCCACAGAGGCGUCCCUGGAUGAGACAGGCGAGGUAGAGGACGAGGAAGGAGCCAGGAGCAGCGGCGAUGGCAGGGACCAGUCCCCUCCUCUCUCCCAAAAAGGUGUUGCCAGCAGUCGGGAGAAGCGGGCGUUCCGCCGGCAGAGGGGCCUGGAGCACAACGAGCUGCAGAGCAAGCAUGUUGCCUUCUCCUUGGACGACCCCCACAGCAGUGGGGAAAGCGGCCCAUCGAGGAGGGAAGGGGGCGACAUGCCUGAGCGGCCCAGAGCAGAAGGGGAGCAGGAGGCGGUGGUCUCCCCUCAGCCGCAUCCCGGCAGCAUGCUGAGAGAGAGAGUUCAAGGCAGCAAGGAGGACCGGCUUCCUUUGGACGGUGGCAUUCCGGCCUCUACACCGAAGCAAGAGGACAGGACUGUGGUGAUAAAGGACUCCAAUGGGCUGGGGAGGCAGGACAGCCCCAAAAUCCGCGUCAGCCAGAGCUUCACGUACCCCGAGAGGCCCACGGAUCUGGCCCUCGGCCUCCCCGGCGGCCUGGCCAGCAGCUGGAGCUUCCGGAGCCCAGCAGACAAAGGCCGGCGGGCAUCUCAGAAGGAGCUGGACAGCCCCCCUUCCUUCCACAUCCAGCGGUACCAGGAUGACCCCGGGAGGCUGCGGGACAAGCGGGAGAGGUGGAAGGGGAAGAGGCAGCUGGCCGGAGGCGGGCAGAGCGACGGGCUGAGCCAGUCCUUGGACGAGAGGGGGCAGCCGGCCCGGUCUCCUUCCCCGCAGCUAAGGAAAAAGGAGACGGCGUCUUCCUUGGACGACCUUCCCAGGCUCUGUGUCCCCACCCAGCAACCUCAGAACGUGCCGGAAGGUGACCGGAACGACAAGAAGCCUCUCACACCACCAAGGCAGGCCCAGGAGCUGCUUCCUCCUUCCGUCCUGGACGCAGCCAGCCCCACAGCCACCUCCGGCCAGCAGGUGGACAACAGGUCUGCCUUCAAGAGCCCCCUGUGGAAAUUAUUUGGGCCGAAGCCAGAGAGGAAGAACCUCAAGGAGAGUCCCAACGUGUCAGAUGAGGGCGAGAGUUUCCAGCUCCUGGCCUGCGUGCUACCCAUGGAGGGGCCCGUGCAGAGGGCGGCAGAAGCUCCUUCCAGGCCUCCGGACCACCCCCCUGGGGAGGAGCGCCAGGCCAAAGAAGGGGGCAAGGCAAAGAGAAGCCGCACCCUUAAGAUCAGGAAAGGGAAGACAGCGCCCGAGAAGUGGCGUGCGCCGUUCCUGAGGGAUAUCACCAACGCCAAUGAGCUGAAGUACUUGGACGAAUUUCUUCUGAACAAGAUAAACGAUCUCCAUUCGCAAAAGUCCGCCAUCGAGUGCUUGUUUUUCGAAGCCACUGAGAAGUUCCGUGGCAACAUAAAGACGAUGUACUCGAGCCCCAACGGGCAGAUCCACGUCGGCUACCAAGACUUGAUGGAGAACUACCAGCUGCUCUUGGUCAACAUGGCAAAGCAGAGGGAGGAGAAGGAGGUCAAGCUGGUCCUCAACCUCUUCCAGUCCCUCCUUGACGAGUUCGCUCGCAGCUAUGCCAAGAAGGAAGACCUGGGGCCAGCCAAGCAGAGUAAGGCUCAGAAGAAGAAGCGGAAACAGGAGCGCGUGAUCGAAGAACUGAACGGACACAUGUUUGGGAGCUACCAGGUGAACAUCCUGCAGUCAUGUGAGCAGUGCUGCUCCUACAUCUGGCCCAUGGAGAAGGCCUGUCUCUGCCGCAUCUGCAAGCUGACUUGCCACAAGAAGUGCCUCUGCAAGAUCCAGAGCGGAUGCAUGUCCUCGGCUGCAAAGAAGGGCGACCACGACCUGGAGCCCCGCCACUUUGGGGUGGGUGUCGGCACCCUGACGAGCGAGAAGAACUCUGUCCCUGUCGUCAUGGAGAAGUUGCUGGAGUACGUGGAGAUGCACGGCCUCUACACGGAAGGCAUCUACCGGAAGUCGGGCUCAGCCAACCGCAUGCGGGAGCUGCGGCAGGCCCUCCAGGCAGACCCAAACUCGGUGCGGCUGGAGAAUUACCCCAUCCAUACCAUCACCGGGAUCUUCAAGCAGUGGCUGAGGGAGCUUCCUGACCCCCUCAUGACCUUUGCCCAGUACCAUGAUUUCCUGCGGGCCGUGGAGCUCCCGGGGAAACAGGAGCAGCUCUGCACCAUCUACAGCGUCCUGGAGCAGCUCCCGCAGGCCAACCACGACACUCUGGAGCGACUGGUCUUCCACCUGGUCAAGGUCGCCCUAGUGGAGGACUUCAACCGCAUGUCUCCCAACGCCCUGGCCAUCGUCUUCGCCCCUUGCCUCUUGCGCUGCCCCGACAACUCGGACCCCCUCACCAGCAUGAAGGACGUCUCGAAAACCACCAUCUGCGUGGAGAUGAUCAUCAAGGAGCAGAUGCGGAAGUACAAGGUGAAGAUGGAUGAGAUUUGCCAGCUGGAGGCUGCUGAGAGCAUCGCCUUCCGACGGCUCUCCUUGCUGCGGCAGAACUCACUAUGGCCUGUAAAACUUGGGUUUUCCUCUCCCUGCAAGGGAGCACCGAGCAAAGGCCCCCCAGACACUGGGUCAGACGACGGAACUGCGCUGAAACUGGGUGCUAUCCCGGAGGGAGAGGAGACGGACAACCGAGAGAAAGAGCUGUUGAUCGAGAGGAUCCAGUCGAUCAAAGAGGAGAAAGAAGACAUCACCUACCGGUUGCCAGAGUUGGACCAGAGGGGCUCUGACGAGGAGAACCUGGACUCGGAGACGUCGGCCAGCACAGAGAGCCUGCUGGAGGAGCGAGGGGGCCGCCCGGACCCCGACAGCCAGUAUUAAGGAAGCGGUGAGUCCCCUUGCGCCCGGUGCCUCCCUCCACCUGCCAAAGACGCGGCAGGAUCGCCAAGCACCCUGGUCUUCCCCACCGGGGCAAGGCUGCCCCCCGCCCCCUCUGCCUCCGGGUGGGAGCUGCCUUCUCCGCUGCUUCUGCUGCUCCAGGAAAGGCCACUGCUGUGAACUGCCAAGCUCCAGCCGCUACUCUGCAGCCCUGGACCCCAGGACUGAGGGUCUGGUGGCCGGACGUCUCCUCCACCCUCUAGUGUCUCUUCUGUGCCCGGGUCACCAGCAGGUCUCUGGCAAGCCUGGCUCCAGAGUUGCCCGACAAGGAAAGUUCUCCUGGCCCUCUGCAUCCGGCAGAGUCCCGUCCUCGGAAAAGGAGCCGGCAAUUUUGAGCAGCCUGGGAAAACGGCCUUAGCACUUCUCUUCCUCCUCCCCCGUCCAUGGUGCCUUGCCCACCUUUUCUCCCGACAAGACUCCGACUGGACCCCUCGAAGGGGAGUUGGGGGGCAGAGAGACGCCCCUCCUUUCCAUUUCGCAUCCCCUUCCGCUAUCCUGUCUUGAUGACUGUCCAAGUGGUUUACAAGAACUGUUGGGUUUGUGUGGUUUUUUGUAAUAAUGCUUUGAAGAGAGACCAAAAAGAAGACGAGAUGCAUCGUUGUUCCUAUUAAAACCGUGCACUUUUUUGAGA